AUGAAUUAAGGAAAGUAACGUCAAUCAUCUGUGCAUACUGAACAAUAAAAUAGGAAAUCCUACAGAAGAUCUGCAUCUGCUGUCUAAUCGGGAAGGAAAAUCUCCCAUAGUGCCAUCACAUUAGGUGACAAUCAAAUUCAAAUCACUAUGAUCAAUAACAUUACUUAAUGUCUAGCAAAAAAAAAAAUUUAUGUUGAAAUAUAUUCAGGUCCCCAGCAGAAUGAUCGCAAUCAAUCUGAUUGUGAAGAUGAGAUACUUUAUGCUUUGGGUGCCUCAAUAGUAAAAAAAUUAAGUAAACAUACUCACUAUCUGAUUUGGCAAUAUGGUUUUUUGAGUACACUAGAGAAGGCUAAGGAAUGGAAUAUUAAGAUAGUCAAUCCUAUGUGGGUAAAUGAAUGUCUAACAAAAAAGAGGGAAGUUGAUGCUUCAAAUUUCCCAAUCAUCGAAUUAACUCCCCAAGAGAUAUAAGAAUUGCUCAAAAAAGAAAGAGUUCAUAUAAAGAAAGGAAAAUAAUCAAAUCAAUAGAUUUAGGAUGAAGAAGAGGAAGAAGUCAACGAAUUUAAAACCAGACACAUUUUUAGUUUAUACAAAAAUCAAUUACAACAAAUAGCCAAAGGGUUUAAUAAAUCUCAUGUACCCAUUUCCAAUUUCAAACAGACUUCCAAAAAUCUCAUACAUGAAGAAUUAGAUACUGAGUAAUUAGAAGCGUCUCAAAAGAUCAACUCAUAAUUCUUAUCCAAGAAGAGUUCUAAAGCCUUAAAAUCAAAACAAUAAUAAAUUGACUAAAAAUUCACUCUGGCCAUACACAAAUCAUGUGAUUGUAACAUGUUGAACUUAUUUGAACAUAUAAAUUCGAACGAUUAGUAUCAAUUGGUUACAGAAGAAGAUAUGAAAAUUAAGUGUGAUAUUCUUAUUAUUAAUGAAGACAAGCUAAUCUAUGAUCUGGUUUUCUGUUGUUGUUGCUUAAAUAAAUAAACAAAAAUUAUUUCCUAAAAAUGGAUUCUCAAAUAAUAACAAAAUCUAAAAAAAGAGAUAGCCUUUAAUCCCUUUCAAUUAACUUACAACAUGUAAAAAAAAAUAUUAUUCCCCUACAACUUUUAUGUUUAUUUUUCAAAGCCCAAAUCAUCCUAAUAAAAAACGAUCAAUUAAAAUCUUAGGUCUGGAUUAGAAUAGUUGAUCUAAAACUUUGGAGGAAAAAUUACUUAAAAAGAAUUUUGUGAUAUCAUGAUUGUUAUGAAGAUAAUGUUCAAGACUACUGCAUAAGCUAUUUUAAAUUCAAACCCUAAUAUUAAAAUCAUUCAUGCCGAGUGGCUAUACAAAUCAAUUUAAUAAGGUUGUUUGAUUGAUUUAAAUGAAUAUAUAAUUUAAUAAUGA